AUGAAAGACAAACUCCUCAAUCAGAUGAACCAACACGCUAGACAUCGUGAUUUCUCGCAAUUCAUCUCAUGGACAAAUGCGGCUCAAACAAGACCCAAGAACUUGCUCUUCAUCGAUACCAAGUUCACUCGUCUAAUUAACGGCGGCUACCUCCUUGAAAUUUGUAUUCGGGACGGCUAUGGCUCCACGAUUGUAUAUUCUACAAUCGACCAUGCCUGUACCAUCAAUACUUAUACCAACGCGCUUCUCCCAGUCCAUGGAACCAAGCAAGUAUAG